UGGAGAGAAUAGUACCACAGCUGCAGUUCCACGCGCGCUCCUAACCCGCUUUAUGACUACUUUUACCCAGUUGUGUCUCGAGCCCAAUGCUGUCAGCGGCGGCGCGUUUCAUGCUUUUUUCAGAGCCCUCGCGCGGAAGAAGAAACAUUUUUGUAAACCUAAAGACUUUCCGAGAAUGAGCCCCGCAUAACUCCGGGUGCUCUUGUUGUCUACCCCCUCCUUUCUCUGUCUUUUCCCCCUGUCCCGCGCUCUCAAAGUUGAGUCAUUGUACAUAAGUAUGGUAGAUAAAGGCCCCUUGUUGACUUCUGCCAUUAUUUUUUACCUGUCCAUUGGGGCAGCAAUUUUUCAAGUCCUCGAGGAGCCCAAUUGGAAGCUGGCUGCACAGCAGUAUAGUGCCUUGAAGAAUAAAAUACUUGAGGAGUAUCCCUGUCUGACGCAAGAUGAUUUGGACAAAAUAUUAAAGGUGGUGUCUGAUGCUGCAGGCCAGGGGGUCACUAUAACUGGCAGCAAACCCUUCAACAACUGGAACUGGCCAAAUGCUGUUAUCUUUGCCGCCACUGUUAUCACCACUAUCGGAUAUGGGAACAUUGCCCCUAAAACGUCAGCAGGCCGUGUAUUUUGCAUCUUCUAUGGGCUCUUUGGUGUGCCUCUGUGUCUUACCUGGAUCAGUGAGCUAGGAAAGUUCUUUGGUGGCAGAGCCAAGCACCUGGGCCAGUAUCUAACCAAGAAAGGAUUUUCACUGAGAAAGGCUCAGUUUACCUGCACAGCCAUAUUUCUGCUCUGGGGUGUGCUGGUCCAUUUAGUCCUUCCACCUUUUGUGUUUAUGUCCCAAGAGGGUUGGACGUAUAUUGAAGGCUUAUACUUCUCAUUUGUUACCUUGACCACAAUUGGUUUUGGGGACUUGGUAGCAGGUGUGGAACCAGAUAAAGAAUACCCAACUCUGUACCGUUACUUUGUGGAAGUGUGGAUUUAUCUGGGGCUGGCCUGGCUUUCUUUGUUUUUCAACUGGAAAGUGCGGAUGGUGAUCGAGGCCCACAAGGCACUGAAGAAACGCCGCAAGCUGCGCAAGCUAUCUCUUGAUGAGCUCCGGCACUACAAAGAGUCUCACAAGGCUGCCCUCAGUUUGCCACCCACUCCUAAUGACGUUAACAUCUUCAGCUUCCUGUCCAAGAAGCAGGAAGGCUACAAUGACUUGAUUAAGCAGAUUGGCACCAAAAAAGAUGGCAGAAGGAACGGCGUUAGUGCCAACACCAUCAAUAAAUCCAAAGAUAUUGCUCGUUCCCAGAGUUGCAAUGACGCUCCUAUGUUUAAUGGUCACACCAUCCUUAGUCUGGACCGUUCACCACGCCAGAAGAGACGCUAUAGCUUCAGUGAUCGCGUCACUGUUGCUUUUUCAAAGUCCAAGAACUACCUCCUGGGCUCAGACAAUGGUUUGCUGCUAACAGAGGACCAAGUAGAGGGUGAUCUAGAACUUGACCAAGGCCAAAUGUAUGAGAACCAGCUUGACAAAGACGUUGACCUGGAGAACGUAGGUGUGGGAGAUUGUGGAGCAGGUGGUCGAAGGGCAUGGGACUCAAAGGAGUACCAUCCCCUAACGUUCCAAAAUGCAAACAUUACUUUUAUAGAUGAGGAGAACUUUCUCAGCAAUAACUUGGAGGAGGAAGAAGAAGAUGAUGAUGAUGAUUCAAAAGCAAAGCUUUCCAUUACUACAUGUGAUGAAAACAUUGAAACAAACUCCAAGGAGGAGCAGAGUUCUGAAUCUGAAGGGUCUGUGUUCACUAGUGACGGUUCAGAACACAGCCACUCCUAUGAGAAACUUGUAGAGGAGUAUGCAAAGGAAGAAAACACAGAAUCUUGAACUAUGUGAAGUCAACACAUCUUCCUGGUCCUCUGUUGUUGACUAUGUUGGCAUUGAAGUAUAUGUAUUAUAAUGUGAAUUGUUUAAAAGAAUAUCAGAAGUCCUGUUGCACUUAUGGGGGUCUGAUAUUGAAAGACUGCAAAGCCGAGAUCAAAUUUCAAAUGAAUGUUCUUUUUAUAGCUGAGAAAAGAAAAUCCACAUCUAAUGACUGUUGAAGGUGGAGCUGCCUAUGAACUCUUGAACAAACAUGGAUUACAGAGCAUGACAUGUAACCCCAUGAGUAUUUAACAUCUACUCUAUUUAUGUCUUUUUAUACGGUUUGAAAAACUAUACCCCACACAUUUUUUGUAAUGUCCAAACCAAGAACUAUUCACUAUUAGUGCUUUUGCUUUAGAUUAAGAAACUAUGUUGAAGUGUACUUGAUUCCACAUAGUUUGUUCUAUGUAUAUUCACCAUAUUGGUGCUUUUAUAAUAUUUAUUAAAAUGAAGGGCAUAGUAGCUUUUAAUCAAUGGCUACAUGGGUUUAUAUGUCUCCUAUUGCACAAUUCCACCAAACGAGGACAGUUCAAAGUCCAUUUCAGUGCAGACUGUCUUUGUAGAACCUGAGCCAAACGUUUGUCCUUAAAGAAAAUGAAGGGGGUUAAGGGCCAAAUCUCGUUCUUUUUUUCCUUUGGUAUUUCACUUGUUUCUUUUGUGAAGUCCUUGGUAACUUGUUUUGUCUGAGAUUUCUGUGUGUUUUGACUGUAAGCAAUAGAAUUGUGACUGCACUAGAGGUUAUCAGUGAUUCAUAGCAAAAUCCGGGGGUCUAGAACCAGCUGAAAGUAUAGUUGGAAAGGAAAAUCAUUAAUUUUAAGAACAGAGAAGCAUUUAUGGCAAAUCUGCAUCUCCUGCCAGAGGGACACUGUAAGCUGAGAUUUGUUUGACUAUUUUAAACACUUCUGUUCCAAACUUUGACUGCUGUAAAAAAAAAAACAUGUGCUUUGGAAAUGAUCCUUCCAUUGUGACACACACUAGACGCCUCUCAGAAUAACCUCAAAUUGGUUUAGUGAGCACAUACUUUAUUGUUGUUUUGCUGCUGACAGCAUGUCAAGUGUCAAUCUGUGGCUUCUGGGCAGUCUACCAUGGCAGUGCAUAAUGGGAACUCUUACAGCAACAAUAUUUUCACUUUUUGUCUCUUUAGCACCCUUUCACUUCAUUGUAUUUGUCAUGUAAAUAUUGUCUGGAAGCCCAUCAGUAGCCACAAAUGCAGCUCUGCUCAGGACAUGGCCUUGGUGCUCAUGUUUGCCUAUGGGGGCUUGCACUAGCAUGAAAGACUGAAGCACCGCUCAUGACAGGCAUCCAAGGUUAACUUGCAACAGAUCGAUACUCUCUUGACGUAUGUUUCAGCCAUGAGACACCAAGUCGUCAGUCUGUGUGCUCUCAAUUACUGUAUAGUAUUCCUCCCUUGUUUCAUGUGAACACAAAACUCGAGAGACCAUUAUAUGUCCAUUGCUUUUCAGAGUCUCACUUUUGAAAGGGCCCUCAGUUACCCUGCUCGCCCGCUGCCUUUUGCACAUGUUAGCUUGCACACAAAAACUUGAAACAGUGUUACUUUGAAUAGUAAGAUGGCAGUGUCACAAAGGGCUCCUUCAAUUUUGAACUCCUCAUUCAAGCCAGUUGAACAGUAACCUGUAAAUAUAGUCCAAUGUCUGUAGGGUUUUUCUUUUGUGAACAGACCACACCUGAACUCCUAAUUCUGCCUUACAGAUGACUGCUGUGAAGUGACAAUGCCUUAAAUCCACUGCAAAGCAGGGGAUGUACAGUACAACCUGACAUCUAUUGAAUGUACUUAAAAUGGUUCACUGAAAGAUUACAUUUUUGUUUUUUUUCCCAUCUAUUGUUUUGUCACAGAGCCACCACUGAAGCCUUACGUGGACAUUCCUCUUUCUCUGUUUUUGCAGGUUUUCCUUGAUAUGUAGGUUUAGCAUUGUUAUAUAGCCAUGGUACUUGUCUGGACUGAAUUUCAAGUUUGUCUUUAGAUUAUUAACUAAAUAUAACAGGUUAGGCUGGUUUAACCCAUUGUCUGUAGCUUUUCUCUUAAUGUUGCUCCAUUGUGUAAAACUCCAGUAGAGUUGUGUUUUUGGUUGUCUUUUUUUAUCGUUAAAUUAUUCAUGUUUGUAAAAGUUUGCAUGUGACUUUCAAAGGAAACAAUAUAUUUCAUGUAAAUAAACAUUUAAUAAAACUUGA